AUGUUCGCUGUUCCCUACUAUUACACAGCUGACGCAGCCACAUCGUCGAGUAUGACAAGAGAUGCAGAUAUUCUCAUUAUCGGUGCAGGCAUAUCGGGCGUCGGCUUCGCUAUACAGCUAGUCAGGCAAUUUGGUUCUAGGAACUUUCAAAUCAUUGAGAAAUCGGACAACAUUGGUGGAACAUGGUGGAUCAAUUCGUAUUCUGGAUGUGGUUGUGACCAGAUCCCUAGUCCUAGACGCUUAGCUAAAACUGUUAUUCUACUAACUUUUAAUAACUAUAAGAAGUAUAAUAUUAAAUUUAUACUUAAAAAUUUAUUAUUAUUAAAAAAGUUAAACUAA